AUGUCGUCCUGGUUCCAGAAGACUUUCACCCUUCCUUCCCGCUCGCGCGGCUCGUACCUGAUCACAGACACCGUUGUGUCUGAACUGCCCGAACUGCGCAACUACAAGGUCGGCAUUCUGAACUUGUUCAUCCAGCACACGAGCUGUGCGCUUUCGUUGAACGAGAACUGGGAUGAGGAUGUGCGUGAGGAUAUGAGCGAUGCGUUGGAUCGCAUCGCACCGGCGGAUCGCAAGGGAAAUCUUUAUCGACACAGUGCGGAGGGAGAGGAUGAUAUGCCGGCCCAUAUCAAAUCUGCCCUCAUCGGUGCUUCUGUGUCUAUUCCUAUUACCAAUGGCCGUCUGAACACCGGUACCUGGCAGGGUAUCUGGUACCUUGAAUUCCGCGCAAGCAAGCACUCGAGAAAGGUCGUUGCGACUAUCCAGGGAGAGAAGGCUUGA